AUGGCCGCCCUCCGCCCAGUAACCCGCGCCCUACCCCGCGCUUCCGCAGCGCUCUCUUUCGCUCUGCGCGCUACUCCGAAGAGGUUUGAAAGCUCGUCGUCGUCGGCAUCAGACAAGCCGCAGCAUGAACUCGAUGUGGGCGAGUUGGCCGGCGCAAAGUUCCGAAUCGAGCCUUUGCGGAGGACCGGCGAGGAUCUGCAGACUAUGAGGGCUAGAUUGUUGUAUCAAUCCCGCAAACGCGGCACCCUCGAAUCCGACCUCCUCCUCUCCACCUUCGCCUCGGCGCACCUCGCAACCAUGACGCCCGAGCAACUCUCCGAAUACGACCGCUUCCUCGACGAAAAUGACUGGGACAUCUACUACUGGGCGACACAAGAAGAGACCCCGCAGCCAUCGGCCGUGACAGAACAGAAACAGCCCGACCCGGCACUGACUCAGUCACCGAGACCGGGGGAGUGGGCCCAGACCGUAGGGACGUUCAAGCCAGCUUAUAGGCCUGUGCCGAGCAGGUGGAAGGAUAGUCAGAUACUGAAGAUGUUGCGGGAGCAUGUUCGGCAGAAGAGGGCCGAGAAGGGAGGGUUAGGGUUCAUGCCUGAGCUGGACGAAUAUAAGCUUAAAUAG